GUCAUUUUUACAUAAGAGUGAGACACUCCGGUGUAAAAAUGGCGACUGAUAUCGAUACCGGACUCAACAUGAUGAAUUCGUACGCCAUGUAUCCCGACAUGGCUCCGGUUUACGAUGAACCCAGGGUUGGGGAAAAUGUGAUAACCAAGGGAUUAACUAAAGAUUUGGAAGAAUUCUACGACAAAACAGAAUCUAGUGCUGAUAGGGAAAAGGCAUUACAGCUGCUUACUAAUCUAAAAUUUGGACAAGAAAUAAGAAAUUCGAAUUAUUACCCCGUGGAAAGGCCUCACACAGCCAUGCCAACUUACGGUGGAAGAAACCCCUACCAAACUACGUAUAAUAAAGAUUACCCUCACAAGGAAUCCAGCGUGACGGCUAUCAGGCCUAUGUCAUCACAAGGCUUUGCUGCAUCACAUGACCUAAGCGGCCCUAUUGGCGCCACCACAUACCACAACGAUUUCGCCAGUGUAUCUCAGCGCCCUGCCUCCCCCGUCAGGAGCGGCACCGCUUCCGGUUCACGAAACAAUAAACCACACCCACUUGAGUCAUUCAUGGUAUGGAAGUUCCCGUCCAGGGCGCGUGCAGAGCAGAAAGACAGUCCGUGGUCUGAAGAGCUAACAGACGAUAUGAUCAAACAGGUUCACAAGCGGCUGUGUCAGUCUACAUAUCAAAGUGACUUCCUUGGAAUACCACAAGGUUUCCAAGUGAAGAGUGCAUACAACCUACCUCCGGAUUGGAAGGCCAACAUCCCCUACACACUGGACUCCGUGGCCCGAUAUUCCUUCCAAACCCCAUCCCAGCAAGAUGAACUUAGACUUCCGGCUUCACGCUACGGUAGCAACAAGAAAAAACAGCUUGUCGCUUCCGGUACAAUACCCACCGCCUCGUCUAGGUACAUGCACAUUAAACAGAGGACUACAUAUGAUCGCCAUUAUAACGACAACUCGCCAGCUGUUGUUACGCAGAUUAAGGAAUCUGGCAAGAAAAUCGGGGCUGAGGUUCUUCGGAAACACUUAGAGAAAACGGAAGGAGAAGAUGUGCAAAAUUUAAACUACAAUUGCUCUAGCACGGAGUUAAACCACCCUGUGUUACGAAUGCAACAGCGGUCUAAAACAUCUAUGUUCCCGCGGCUUUCAAUGACCCAUGGAGCCGUGCCAAUGUUGGACAGGGCCACUGAUUGGCCUGGCCCUGUACACACGUGAUCUUAUCACGUGAUUGUAAACAACCAAUCAACGAUGCCUGGAGCAUUUGUUGCUCAACACCUUGGAUGUAGUCUGUGAUAUAAGUCGCCUAAUUUUUCAUUAACAUUUGUUUUUAAUUUAAUAUUGACCUAAUCCAAAUGACACUCGUUUACCAACCCAAAUUGUUAUGUUUAUGUUCAUUUUUCCCUUGUUUUUUUUGUCCCCGGUUUUUAAUGAAUCUCAAAUUACAUGUCAUUGAAAUGGUUCAGAAGCGAAAAGAGAUUCCACUUUCUCCUAGAAGACGAACGAGAUUGGUUUGUUCUUUUCCUGGCGGUGAUUUCGGAUAUAAUUCACAAUUUAUUUGUUUAUGAUUUCCACAUAUCUAUAUGUAUUUAUGUUUAAAUAUUAUAAUUAAGAAGAAAGCUAUAUUCUUUAUCUCCGGUUGUUUUUCUUCCACGAAGGAAAACAAGUCAUGUGAGUUGUAUAGAUCUAGUCAUCAUAUUAACAGGAGUCUAUUUUUCUACGUGAUGAAGAUUGUGUUUUAAUUAAAAAAUAAUUAAGAUUUUCCAAUAUUUUUAUGCUUACACUUUGUAUUGCGUAGACUUACUGGUAAAAUGCUAGAUACAGUGUUUUUAUUACUUCACCGCUUGUAUACUAUAAAUAGUAAUUUAGGAUUAUCCUAUCACAUUUUAUAGCAUUAUGAAUACACAUGUAAAUGUAUUAUAUAUUCAAUUUGUUAUUAAUUGCUCAGUAUAAGACGUACAUGUUUUAGCAAUGAUAACUCUUUCGGGAGAAUCAAUAUUAAACCGUGUACAGUCGUAAGACCGUCGUGAUAGAUACUUCGCUGAUUUAUAAUACGAUUACCUAGUGGUAAUAUACAUCACCUUUGGCUCAAUGGGAUUCAAGGGAUGUCGAUUUCAUAUGCUAUUACAAAUAUUGAAAAUAACCCGACAGGAAAAAUCAGCUGAUAAAUUAACGGAUUUACAGUUUCCUCGAUUAUUUACAUUUUUAGAUGAUAUAAAUGAUAAAUAGUUAUGUAUAGUUUUUAAACGAUGUGAACUAGAGUUGAUAUUUUCUUAUCCAAAACUUCAUCUCCAUGUAUGGCUUUCAUCUCAGAAUAGAUAAAAAAAAAGUCUACAACCAUGCUGUACACCACAUGUGAUUGGGAAAUGGCCUAAACAUAUAUUACGCUACAUAUUAAGUAUACAACAUAUUUAAGUAUCGUUUUUAUUUCCAUAUUUAUUGAAUUUAACAAUAUUUCGUUUCUGAAGCCAAUGUUUCGACUAUCGAUGGUCUAAUAAUUUACAUUGAGGCUUUAUCGAUUUUUCAGUGUUGAGGAACAUAUUAGAACAUUCUCACACAAAUCAAACUUUCGCAUGUGUAUUAUAAAAAAUUCAAGGAAUGAGUGAUGACGUUUUGCAAUAUCAGUAUUGCUCAGUCAAAUUUGAUUAUUAAGUCCCUAAGUAUUAUAAUGAAUCAUUAAGUUUGAUAUUAUGGCCUACUAUCUAUGUUCAUGUAUAAAAGUAUUUUACUGGUUAUUUGUAUCAGGGAAAAGGCGAUUGAUUUCUACACUGGUCAGUUUGUGGCCAGUUUGUGGUCAGUUUGUGUGGACGCUGCAUUAUCACUAAUUCUCUGCAUCUUUUAUGAAAUUGUUGUCUAAGCUAACAUUUUUAUUUUAUUUUUUUUAAUCUUUAUAUUUUUAAGUUGAGAAUAUGAUAUGUAUUUUCUUUAUGGUUACGGUCACACAAAGAGUUCAUAUAAAUUAUCAGUGUCUCUUCAUUGAUUUGAGUCUAAUUUGAUACAUUUGUGAUAUCAGUGAAUCCUAAAUGAACAUAACCCAGUUACCUCCCCUUAUCUUAAUGCAUGCAAAAUGAGAUACGAAUUUUGCAUUUUUCUUGCAAAAUUUGUGAAGGAAUUUAGUCGUACAUAAAAUACAUGUAUAUCAAUUAUUCAAAUAGAUUAAGUAAAGCGUUUUUUUCUCUAUGGAAAUAUGCCAAGAAGUUUAUGUAUCGAAUAAUUCACAAUAGACUUUUAAAAAAAUAUUUAUCGUGGAGUUUCUAUUUGUUAUUCACGAUAAUUUCGCGGGAUAAUGUUAGGUUUGGUAUAAUGGGGAUAUCGUCACUGUUAUUCUUUCUUUUCCUUUCGCAGAAAGAAUUUUUUGUUACACAUUUCAUUUAUAUUGUUUAUGGGACAAGUGGUAUUAUAUGUACGCAACAUUCAUUUGCCUACUGCAUUGCACUGAGAAUAAACGAUAUAAAACAGACA